UGUGGAUCUUUUCAUUUGUCCUAUAUUUGUCAACCAGCCACUUGCCACUGUGUCAACGAUACCAUGAAAGUGAAGGGGAGAUGCUUUGGGAUUAAAAGUUUGAUUUUCUUUUUCUCAAACACUUUUCGUAGGACUGAACAUCUUGGUUGUGCCUGUCUGUUUGGCCUAAUGAAAACGUAUCAACUUCAGCGUGUAUUAAGAUGAGGCCAUCAAGAAAGGAUAUAGGAAUAUUCUUGAUAUCUUUUACCAUGUUUACGAUCGGUGCGGUUACUAUGUAUGGGCUGACGGUCGGAUCGAAAGGGGCAACGCAAGUCCAGGAAUCGGCGAAUUUCGCAAUCAGAUCUCACCGGAGGAAAAUCGCAGAUAUAAAUGAUGACUCUCUUUCUCUGCACCAUUCGACUGGAGGAUCCCGAUACGGUGACGUAGUGCUGGGAACGGAUUUGGUUAUCAUAUACAACAGCGUACCAAAAUGUGGAAGUCGGACUUUCGGAGAUACAAGCCGAAAGAUAUUCAAGAAACGUUCAAUCGAAGUUACACGCUACUCUCUCAGACAUGAGAAUAGACCUGAAGGUGGUAAAAUACGCAGUAAGAGCGAGAUAAAACGUCUCAUAAAAGGAGUUAAGAAGCCUGCGUAUGUCCAGGGGCACGGGAUAUUCACGGCCAUCGAUGACAAGCCCCGUCCUGUUUAUAUCAAUUUCAUACGAGACCCGGUUUCACGGAUGGUUUCUGCGUUCUAUUUCAGUCGUUAUGGAGACGGACAAAUCGCGAUGGGACUUUUAGGCGAUCAAAUGAUGAAUAUGUCUAUAGAAACAUGCAUUGUGGAUAGACGAGACGCGUGUACUCAACCGAGGUACCCACAGAUUUUCUGCGGUUUUGAUAAAAGAUGCGGGAAAGACCUUAAAUGGGCGUUGGACCAGGCCAAGUCUAAUAUCGACAAAUAUUACACAUACAUCGGUAUAACAGAGGAUUAUGAAGCGUCUUUGAAGGUUUUUGAACAUGUUCUACCAGACUUGUAUAAUGGUACAACAAAGGUUUACAAAUCACUCCUACAAGAAGAAAACAAUAGAGUGGUGGAAACAAAAACGAAAAACAAGCAGCCGUUGUCUCCAGAACUCACGGACACUGUCAAGGAACUGCUAGCUAUCGACUACGAACUCUACGAUUAUAUUUAUCACAAACAUGUACAACUCAAAGAAAGAUUUGGAAUUGAUUGACCCUGCAUACACGCGAUUCAGAUAACGGAAGUAAUCGUUCACGACCCAUACCAUGAUUGUGUAAAUAAUAAUAAUAAUAAUCCGCUUUUAAUAAGACAAUUUUCGGAAUACGGAUUUUAUUGUAACUCUAAAGAUACAAGAAUAUUUCUCUUAAGACAAUUUUCAGAAUACGGCCCCUGACUUGCCGUGGAUUAACAAAUCAUGAAAAGGCUACUCUACCAACUUGGUUAUUGCAAGUCGAGUGCCUCGGCCUGAAACCUGACUGCUGGGGGCAUAGGAAAUUUGAAUUUUGGAAAAAAUCAUACAAUUGGUUGUGAACCGCUCUUUCCAACACGGGCCUAAUCACUAGUGGCAGGCCAUAGAUAUUCAUUCGAGCCAACCCAUUGCUAUUUUUGUAAAUUUUGAUAUGGCUGAUUGACAAAGUGUAUGCAUAUGAUUGUCCAUCUAACACUGAUUCUAUUUCACAAUUUACAAUUUGGGAAAGCUGAAAUUCGCAACACAUGUCAUCUAUCUUAGAUUUAUCACUAUCGCAAAAUAUAUUGAAAUUGAGAUCUCCUACGAUCACGACCUCACGAUUGUUUAUAUCUAUUUCAGAUAUAAUAUUUUUUAAUUGUAAUUUAGCACCUA